GACAUUGCCUCAUUUGUUGUUUUGAAUUGAGUGGAGGUUACGUUUCGGUUUGGCGGAAUUUUCUGUUUUAUUGGGAAUGCAGUAUGGAGUACCAUUCACCUAGUUAUCGUGAAGUUAUAGUGGAUCUAUCGAACCAGGACAAAUGGAAUGAAAUUGCUUUGAAUACGGGGGGCACCCAGAGCACUUUGCAGGACAUCAAGGUUGCCGAAAAAGCCGGCGGAUGCUGCUUCAGUGAUGUUACGAAAAUCUACACUAGAAAUCGGUUUAUUUACUGGAGAACUUAUCACGAUAUGCUCGAAUUGUCUGAAAUUAGUUUAGACUUUACUUUGCACAACAAUAAUGUUCGAUAUAAAUUUACCGAUUCGCCAGUUCUAUCGGUGGUGAUUGUAGAACAAGAGAAUUGCGUUACUGUUCUCGUAGCCACUGUAAGCAGUCUUCACCGACUGAAUUUUCCGCAUCCAGAUAAUAUUUGCAGGCAUGAUGCUUCAGAAUCUAAAAGUCUAUCAAUUUUCCAUGAAGCCAAUGCCAAUAUGGCGCGCGAUCCCACAACAUUUUAUGUAAUAGGACAAACAUCAUCCUCAAAUAACCCUAUCCCGCAUGCCGCUACGAGCUGUUUAACGGCAAAUGGCGAGGAAGCAGUUUUUUCAGUUGCAUACCAAGCGAACCUUAUGUUGUUUGUAAUGAAUUGCCAAACAGGGCAUACCGUUGCGAAUGUUUUAAAAGAACACCAUAUUAUGCCCAGGAUUUUAUCUAACUUAAGAGGAGCUUUAGGCGGUAAGUCGAACUCUGCAGAUAGCCAGCAUGCCACAUCAGUAGUGUUUAACACUGUUGGCGAACAAGUGUUUCUACUAGCACUGUAUCGAGACGAUCAUAUUCGUAUGUGGUCUACAAAUUCGUUACAAUGCGUAUUUACAUUGAAUUGUGUUCGCGACGGUUCGGAGGUUCGGCCACAAGGACCCCAAACUAACAUUUUGCGUAAAAUUGAUGACAAUAGCGUAUGUGCUUUUCUAUCUCAUUCGAACGGAUCUGAAUUUGUAAACGUGCGAGUUGGCUGGGACGGCGGUUCUAAUUACACGUUGACACGAACGAAAAUAAUCCCAGCGCCACAAAGUGAUUUAGCAGAUUUCGAGGUAUCAAAAAGUCGCAUCUGGGCGCUUUGGUGUAAUGCCCAGGGAGAAUUUAGUAUCUCGAGCUUCUCUUUACUCCCAAGUUCUGCAAUAAAUUGGGUGUCAGCAGCUAUGGAACCCCCGCCGGAUAGGUACAGUGUUUCUGUGGAACAAGGAAUGGAUCCUCGGCAAGCCUUUUGCUCGUAUAUAUUUCAUCCUGGGAAGUUCCAGAAAAGUGUCAUUGCUAAAGCUUUGAUUAUGUUCAAACGAUCGAAUGUGUUGUUUGAUGUGAAUCUUCCGUUGACCGUAUUGAAGGAUCGUGUUUGCCAAGCAGUGGAAUCUGAAAUCCAAAAUGAAGUGAUUGAUUACGAAAUUAGCGAUGAUGAAUAUAUUGACAUAGCAACAAGAUAUUGGGAAAGAUUUUAUUCAUGCUGUGAACAAUACCAUUUAAAAUCUUGCCAACCAAUCGGAUUAGUGCUGUUGGAGGCAAUGGAUGCGAUUUGUGUUGUGAAGAAAAACGCAUUUUCUUUGCUUCGACCUUGUGAAAUUCUAGAACAUUUAAUGUUAGCUGGCGAGAAUGUGGAGGUGGAGAACAUAGUUCCGCUGUAUUUUAAGGGAAAUGAGUCUACUGGUGAGGACAUGGUACAACUUGUCACUAUCUUAGAAAUGCUGGAACAUUGGCUGAGCGACGAAAACAAAGCUGAUUUCGAUAAGAGAUUGUAUCACUUGGAGAUGCCGAAUGACGUGAUUUCAAAAUUAGUCUCGAGUAUUCUAUCGUCUGAACAGAAUGAAGUUGUUCUUCCGAAUAAUUUCUUGGUUACUAUCCGACAAAAUAUGCAGUCGAUUAAUGAUAUCCGAGCAGCAAUGGCAUUGCUUUUAGAGCAGUUGAGAAUGGAUCAUGGAAAUCCAGAAGCCAUGAGGACGCAUUCAAAUUUAUCUAAAACGUCGCACUUCUACUUAGCUUUGGGGAACUUAUUAGGUAGCUUCACUGGUGUCUCGUUGGUUUCGGAAUCAGUGAGGCAAGUUGCAUUGAUAAGAUACUCGCUUUGCCGUAAUUUGUUGAUAUUGCAACAGAUUAUUAUCGACACGUUUGCUGUUCAAUGCGAUGUUCUAGAAACCAUACGCUCACAGUUCAUGCCGGAAACGGUGGCUUUCGUACAAUCUUAUUACGUCAUGGUUUGGAUUUGUGAGACACCGAUAAAUCUAAACAGUAUGACAACGAUUGAAAAUAGUAUCCAACGACUGAAUCUACUGCAGCUGGCUGAUGCGCGACCACAAUUAAUUGCACAGGUUCAAUCAUCUACCCUACUUCGAAUAUUUUUGGGAUCGAAAGGUUUGAAUACAGCUUUGGUUCUAUUCUCUGGAACGUAUCAAGAAUUGAGCAGUAUGCAAUGGCAGUUCACUCUUUUGCCCAUUGUGACCAUCGUCAAUCAGCUUAUAUGGCCUGUUUCUGGAAAUUUUGUUUUUGGUGAAUGGCUUUUCAGUAGUUGUCAGCAUCUAAUAAUCCAGGAAUAUGUUCGUCUUUUAAACACGUGGUGUGAAUGGAAUAGUUGCUCGCGUCAAUUCAUCUUGGCUGUUUCGUUGCUGGAAAAUGGAGAAACUCAUAAAGCCUACGACUUAUUUCUACAAUCUGCCAAAGGAGUCCUCACCGAAGAGUUCAUUAACGAGAAAAUACUUAAAACAAAUGAUGAGCUCACAUCCAAUGAAAUUCUUGCUCAGUACUAUUUAAAAGUUAUUCAACUAUUCGAACAACAUUACGCAUUGGAUUAUGUGAUUGCAUUGGCGCAGGCAGCUAUUAGUAUUUUGGAGAAAACUGACCCACAAUUGCCUAUGUUCCAAUCAAUUGUUUUCAACAACCAUCUGUCCCUCGAACACUACGAGGAAGCAUAUCAUUCGCUUAUAUACAAUGCAGACCCGUCGCGCCGUAAAGACUGUCUACGCCAGUUGGUUGUUUGUUUGUUCAACAAAAAGCGAUUAGAUUUGCUCUUGCAUUUCCCAUAUGUUGGUUUACAGGACGAAUUUGAAAAUAUUGUUGAAUCCCGUGCCAGAUCGAUGACCGUUGAGGAUAAUGAACAUUAUAAUUUCCUUUAUUCGUUUCAUAUAACUAAAGGGAAUAUGCGCAAAGCUUCUUCUAUAAUGUAUGAACAAGCAAUGCGGUACAUGUUAGAGUGUGAUGCUGUGGACGCCAUGCAGUUACGCUGCGAAUGCCUGCUGGCAUGUAUGAAUGCUUUGUAUCUAGUUGAUGAAAAGUACCGGUGGAUUGCUAAACCUGUGGUGAAUGAUGAUAUUAUGGCAAGUGGAAUGGAGGUGGAUGAGGAUAUAACAAAAGAUUUGGUUGUAGUUCUUGAAAUCAAUGAUAUUAAGAAAGAAUACUUGCAAACGGAAGCAUUUCUUUAUCUUGCUAAACACCGAAGGGAUAUCGGAUCUUUCUUCAACACCGGGCCUAAUGAGUUGUCGAUUAUUUUAGCUAAUUCGGGUCUUUAUACAUCAGCUUUGAAGUUAGCUAAAGGCUUUGCAAUUAGUUUGUUGCCGAUAUUUGAUGGACUUACAGCCGCCUGCGUGCGUUCUGCUGAUGAGAGUCCAAAUGAUACUUGGUCAUGGCUUCAGGAAAAUGAUCUUGCAGAUUUACCUCAUAAAAGUACUGCUGCCGAUACUGCUUGGUGUCUGUUGCAAAAACUUGUAGAAGAGAACGAGGAGUCCAAUUCCACUAUGAUUCGUAAAAGCGUUGUGAAUAAAUUACUCACAUUGAAUGCAUUUAUUCCACAAUGGCUCUAUUCUUCAUAUAGGUCGUCGAAUCCUUCGGAGUUCUUGCGGCUUUUCGUGAAACAUGGUCGCCUGAUUGAAGCAACGGAAUUUGCCAAAGAAUAUAUGUGGGCUAUCCUGGGACGUGGCCAUGAAUAUUUCAACUUGAAAGUACCUAUGACUGCAGCGUCACCUGCCAUGUGUUUCCCUUUGAAUACACUCGAUUUGUUACUAUAUGGAUUAAAGUUGAACUCAACUGAUGUUGAAUAUAAACAGUGCCACACUGAGCUCGAAGAAUUGAUUCAAUGCUACAUUAAAACUGCCAAUCGAACGUCAACGGACAAAAUACAAUAUGAAUAUCAAGUACACGCCACUGCCUAGUAGAAAAUAAAAUGUUUCCAUUUUUUCUAUCGGUCUUUUUGUGUUGUUUUUGUAAGAUGAAUUAAAAGCAAAAAUUUGUUUAGAGUUAGCGAAACUAAAGGCGGGCAAAACACAUGCAUGCCAGAGGCUA